GAACUCGUAAACAAGAUUUGCAUUAAACAGGGAUGACGUUUCGAGGGUAGCCAAUAAAAUCCCUCUGCCCGUAGUUACAAACGCUCCGCAAAAUCCGCUGAAGACGCGUUUGCUCUGUCUCUUCGGAACCAGAAGCGGGUUUCGUGUGGGAGCAGCCGCGGGAAGGUUUGUAACACGGCUUCAUUGACGCAGCUGCCUACGGAUGUCUUUAGGCUUGUUUUAUAUCAUUCCCAGUUUUCGAAGAACUUCUUCGGUCAUAAUUGUUUGGUUGAAGGACGAUUUUUGUCGUUUUUUUUUAUCUUUGCACGAGUAUUUUUGUCGGUAUGUUUUAACCGUUCUGCUUUAUUAUUGUGCAACUCGAACCAAAAAUCUCACCCAAAUCACCUGUUUGUACAGUAUGUUUUUCUUUAUGUUCUUAAAAAUCGGACAUGUGCAUAAUAUGAAAUAUACAUUUAUUACUUUAUUCUUUGUGUAAUCCUAAUUAUUUUUUUGUAGGUUAUAUUACAGUUGUGCUUUGCGUUAUUAUUCUGAGAUUCUGAAAAAAAAAUCUGGCCGUCAUGUUUGCCUUUUUAGCUGCGAUCUUGUGCUUUUCCGCGUUGGGUAGUGGACAAGUGGUGCACAGUCAGAAUGCCAAAGGAUCGCGCUUCAUUUGUACCGCGAUCCCUAUAGAUGCUGAUCCAAGCUGCCCCAUACCUGCUGUGCCGCUGCAAAGUUCAAGUGUCCAGGAGGAAGAUCUAAAAAACACCGUCAUUCAACUUCGGGAGACCAUUCUGCACCAGAAGGAAACCAUUGUCGAUCAAGUAGGAACAAUAAAGGAGCUUACUUCCAAAUUUUCCCGAUGCGAAUCGGCCACUGGAGAAUCGUUUCUGGGUGGGAAAUACAGGAAUAAAGGUUCGUGGAGGAAAGACGGUACGAACACUAUGGGUGACCUUCCACGAGAUCCCAGUGAAACUAUUGAUCACCUCGGAAAGACCAUGCAAAAUCUAAAGAGCCGGUUGGAAAACUUGGAGCAGCAGCAGAUGCGUGCCAAUCUGUCUGGCAUAUCUUUCCCUAAUGAACUGCGAGACCUGCUGCAGCGCCGACUGGGAGUGCUGGAGAACCAGCUCCUGAAGAAAGUGACGGAGUUGGAGGAGGAGAAGACUCAGCUGUACAACGAGACAGCCGCCCACCGGCACCGUACGGAGAGCACCCUCAGCUCCCUGCUGGAGAGGAUCACCGAGUUGGAGAAAGGAAGCAGCCCGUUCAAGUCCCCAGAGGGUUUCAAGGUGUCCCUCCCCCUGCGAACUAACUACCUGUAUGGGCGCAUCAAGAAGAGCUUGCCGGAGAUGUACGCUUUCACCGUGUGCAUGUGGCUGAAAUCGAGCGCCAACCCCGGCAUUGGGACCCCGUUCUCCUACGGCGUACCGGGGCAAGCAAAUGAGAUUGUGCUGAUCGAAUGGGGAAAUAACCCAAUAGAGCUGCUCAUCAAUGACAAGGUGGCCCAGCUGCCGCUGUCUGUCAGAGAUGGGCAGUGGCACCACAUCUGCAUCACCUGGACCACCAGAGAUGGCCUCUGGGAGGCAUACCAAGAUGGGGAGAAGCUGGGAUCUGGAGAGAACCUGGCCCCCUGGCACCCGAUAAAGCCUGGCGGGGUCAUUAUUCUGGGUCAGGAGCAGGACACCGUAGGAGGACGAUUUGAUGCCACUCAGGCCUUUGUUGGGGAGAUCACCCAUUUCAAUAUGUGGGAUCGCGUGUUACGGCCCAUAGACAUCAUGAACAUGGCCAACUGCUCCUCGUACAUGCCAGGCAACAUCGUGCCCUGGGUCGAUAACAAUGUGGAGAUCUUCGGUGGUGCUAACAAGGUAGCCCUGGAGAUAUGUGAGGAUCAACUACUCGGCUCCUAAGAGCACCCCCUGCAGAUGGAAGCAGUUACCCCAGCCUUCUUCCUGUGAGGCCCAGCAGUCGGCGGUUUAUAAAGAUACACACUUGUGGUUUGUGGUCAGUAGUGGAGAGUUAUCAUCAAGUACUGGGGACCGACUGAGACAAAAGGUUUUCACUGUGCAUUUCUGUACUGGACUCAGCAUUCCUGUCAGCCAUUGUUCUGCUUGUUGGCACCUUUCUGUAUAUUUUUUUGGAUUUAAAUUACAUUGUUUGGUUAA